CAAGUUAUUUUGGAACUCCCUGAACCCACCAUCCAGAAGGAAGAGGUCAAGAAAAGUAAAGAAGAAAAAGUUCAUCUUUUUGGCAAAAUGUUCAAAAAGAAAGCAGAACCUCCAGCUGAUGUCGAGAACAUUCAAGAAAAAGAGACAUCAAAUGAAGAUCAAAAGGCUGUAAGUCCUCUUGCCACUGAUCCACAGCUGGAGACAGCUACCCUAAAGCAAGAAUCAGAAUCAUUAACGGAGCCAGAAAGUGUGACUCUAGACCCUGGUCCAGAGGAAGAAAAAGCUCCCGAAACUGACAACGGAGACAGUCAGCCUGUGGAAAACCAAGAGGAGAGUGACCCUGAAGAGAAUCCAGUUAUGAACUUCUUCAAAACACUAGUGACUUCCACUAAAACAUCCAAAAAGGAAACAGCUACUCCUGAUGCCACAAAAGAGCAGUCCCAGAAGGAGACCCAACCAGCAGCAACCAUUACUGCUGCACAAGUAUCUGAACCGCCUGCAGCACUCAAAGGAAUGUCUAUCCCACCACCACCUCCUCCAGAGCCACCAAAAAUGGAAGUCAAAGGAGAACCAGCUGCCAAACCUGUAAAACCCGCGCCAAAAGAAGAACCAAAAGCUGCUGCAAAGGAACCCGAGCCCUCAAAAGCAACAUCAGCCAAAGAUACUCUGAGCAAACUCUUCCGCCCAAAGACAAUCAAGGACGAACCACAGCCACCAGUAGAAGUACAGACUGAAAAUAAGGUUGAACCUCAGGAGACAGCAGAGGAGGUGGCACAGCCAGUUGUAGAAGAGCAGAUGGUGGAUGGAGCACCACAGCCAGUGGUAGAAGCUGAGAAAGUGGAUCCCUCAAAAGCUGGCACCCUGGAGGCUGCCGCAAAGCCAGAGCCGCCACCGCCUGCUCAGGAGGAGAAGAAAACAGCCUCAAAAUCUUCCUUCUUUUCUUUCUUCAAGCCUAAAGUACUGUUAGACCACAUGACCACAAAAGUCCAGGCAGCCUCCACAAGUGGAGUUCGGCUCCUCAGGAGAUCGACUGGAGUGGCUGCUGAACCCAAAAAGGCGACCCCUGCCCCCGCUGCAGCAACAACAGCAGAGGCAGCUAAAACCAAGGAGGAACCUAAAGCAGCAGCCAAGUCGUCAGAGGUAGUUGUAGAUAACAAACAAGCUUCAGCGGCCUCCCAAGCUGGAGACGAUGCAGCCAAUGUUCCCAAAAAACUGGAGAAGAGGAACUCCAUCCAUCUGUUCUUUAAAAAUCUGGGUCAGAAACGUCAUUCCACAGACGCGGGAGUCCAGACAGAGCCAGCUGCUGUCGCUCCAGCAGCAGAGAAAGCCAAAUGAAACCAAAAGCAACACUAAAGUUUCCAUGUACAGACUCCCUUUCUCUUACUCAAUCUUUAUCUCUCUCUCUCUCAUCACCCCUUCGACACCCUUGAAUUACUUUAACUACAUUUAUUUUAUUUUUUUGUUUUUGUUACUGUUUAGAAGUUACAAUAUAAGAGGAAAGGUUACUGGAUAAAAUGAUAAAAGCAAGUGAGAAAGAGCAGUGAGCAGGUAGAUGAACUAGUGGUGAUUGGAAAUGGUGAAAGACUGACUUGAUGGUGAGGCUGUUGAAAUACAUAUACACACACACACAC